AUGAUAUGCUUACACUUCGUGGAGGCUGCCGUCAAGGCCGCCGAUCCGUACCAUCGCUCGACAUUCCGUGCGCUGGCCGAGUCCACAGGCAUCGCGUCGACAAUGCUGUGGAGGCUCGUUCGGGCCAAGACGAUUCGACGACGCACAAGUCGCGCGAAGCCCAUGCUGACGGACAAGCACAAGGCCGAGCGGGAGGGCGAAAACGUGGUCAGCAAGGCAGUGAGUGACCUGUGGAGUCUCUACCUCGACGACGUUAACCCGCACCAGCACAAAUUGGCCCUCACGAAGGUCCAUGUGAACAAAUGUGCUCCGUUCCACAAGCUCAUCAACAGAGUACCUGGUGGUUCUGGCACAACGACGUUUCCAGUUCAUGUACGGCGUACCUCACGGUCUGUCGUAUCGCUCGACCCAAGACACAUUGGAGACGGGCUGCCUGCGGAUUCACGACGCAGUGUGGAGGAAGUGUUGAUCAACAGUCCUGUCGACGAUAUUACGCCCAUUGACGGCAACCGCAAGGAGAAGCUGUACAUUCAGUUCACGACGUGCUUCAUUUCUGCAGCAGGCGAACUCCUUCAGUUACCAGAUACUGCCCAAGGGAUCGAAGACCGUGAUGCAGUACUUGCAGACCGAUUAAUGUCAGUGGGCUUCAUCCAUUCCAAGCUGAGGAACUCCCUGAGCGCCAAGACUGUUGAGAAGCUCAUGUUCAUCAAGAACAACAUGGGUGCGUUCUACAGUUGUCCGACGGGCGACGAGUACGCCAGCGAGAGUGAUUCCGAUCGUGCCAGCCUCGACUAA